UGGAGGCGUUGUUGCGCAUGUCUGUGAGGCCUCCCGCUUCGCUCCCGGUGUUUGUGUCCCGGUGGCUGCGGCGUCGCCAUGGCUUCCGAGGCCGAGCUCGCCUGCAUCUACAGCGCGCUCAUCCUGUACGAUGACGACGUCGCCAUUACGGAGGACAAGCUGAAUGCUUUGAUGAAGGCAGCAGGAGUUACAGUGGAACCCUUCUGGCCGGGUCUGUUCGCCAAGGCUCUCAGCAACGUAAACAUGGGCACCCUGAUCUGUAACAUCGGCGUUGGUGGCCCGGUGCCUCUCAGUGCGUUCCCUCAGGCCGGCCCUGCUACCGUUGGGACGGCCUCUGCAGCUCCCGACGCUGAAGAGAAGAAAGCUGAGGUGAAGGAGGAAUCGGAGGAGUCGGACGAAGACAUGGGCUUUGGGCUCUUCGAUGAUUAGCCUGGACUUUCCAGCAAAACAGACCGAAAAUCUUCCCACCCAGCGACUCCCAAUGCCUGAGCCAAACUAAGACCACCGAGGGAACAGGCCAGAAGGCACCGUUGCAUGUUUGGCGCACUCGGUCGUGUGAAGCGGCCCGUUCCUCUGUGACAAACCUGGGUCCCAGGUUGGUUUGGCUGGGGGAUUGGGUCUUGGACCUCCCUAGUCCUGCAUGUGUCCCUUGCACUUUGAUCUCCUUUUAAUGUGUGCCCUCUGAUAGCCUAGAGCAGAUGCAGCGCUGUAGACAGAGACACUGGAAGUUUCAGAUCGAGCAUGGAGGGUGGGGGGAUGCAGAUUACAACCUCGCCACCCCUCCUGCCUGGAAUGCACUAUCCUCGUAGAAUAACACUCCAUAAUUUUAUUAUAAAAUACAUUCCUAGAGUUUACACAGUUUUUUUUUUUUUAAUAGCUAAAGAUAACUUAUUGUCGUGCUGUGAAAGGAAGCCCCAUGGUAGUUGUGCGUAUGGAAGGAGCCCCUUUUGGCACCAUAUUGAAUCAGAUUUGGAUCGAGGGAAAUGGGGCGUGGGGGAAAGGGGGUGAUCUGGAGGAGGUUGCAGUACUAGUAAUGGCUUGGCAGCCCCUUGCCCAAACCUUGCUGCAUCUGCUCGUUCACCCAGUCCAGGCUCUUCCCAUAGCUCAGCUUGUUUUACAGGCAACUCCACCGUCUAAUCGGAGUAGCUCAUUUGAACAGGGACAAUUCUAUUAUCAAAUGGUCCCUUACAAAGGAGCAACAAUUAUCCAAUGAGGCUGAACCCUUUCGACAGAGGUAAUUCGUAGCCAAUGAGAGUGAUCCCUUACAAAGGAACAACAAUUAUCCAAUCGGAGUGGCCCCUUUGCACAGGAGUAACUCUUAUCCAAUGAGUGUGGCCCAGUUGAAUAGGGGCAACAAUAAACCAAUGAGCUGCACACUGAUGGAAGAUUGCAAUAUGAAGGAAGACAUUAUUAUUAAAAAUAAAAGUAAUGAAAUAUUUGGCACUUUGCAUAAAUCACUGCAAUAUUUACAGUUGGACUGUCACCAGCUGGAUUUGUCAACAGCCUGCCUGGACAAUUGUUGGGCUGAUUUGAUUGAAACUCUGCUUCUAACUUGGUGUGACACAAAAGCUAUAAUUCCCUCUGGUCUGUUUUGCUUAGUGUCUUAGAAAUAAUUAACGAUUUUAUGGAAUUAUUUUUAUUUUGUUGCAGAGAAUCUUUCCACAUUGUGCCUCUGUAUUUGUUAAUUGCGGUUCUUCUACCCCGUCUGGGUCAGUAAAACACUGAGU